GUUUGGUGACGAAGGAUCUUGGCGUCUGAUGGUUAUCACCGUGCUGGCUAGUCUAGGGCUGCUGGGCCAUAUGGUGCUCAAGCAUGUCGUACAAGACAGACUUUCGGACAGAGGCAACGGGUUCAGUGCCAAACGGUAUCUAGUCGGCGUUGACCGGUUUAUGACAAAGAUCAGAUUGGCUAUCGUACUGCCUGUGAUGCUGGUAGUCGGCCUGUUGGUCUACAUUAUCAUCGACAUCGCAAUCGACAGACCCAGGAAUCUGGUCAGCCUUGGAGGAAUGGUUUUCUUCGUUGCUGUACUGUUCAUCUUCUCCCAUAACCCGUCAAAGGUCCAGUGGCGUGCCGUGUUCUGGGGUAUGGCCUUGCAGUUGAUCUUUGCACUUCUCAUCUUGAGGACAUCCUGGGGCCGGGACGCCUUCCAGUGGUUGGGUGACCGAAUCUCUGAAUUCUUAGCUUACACUGACGAAGGCUCAAAGUUUGUCUUUGGCGAUUUGUACAUUAAUCAUUUCUUUGCUUUUAAGGUGCUGCCCGUAGUGGUUUACUUCAGCACAUGUGUCUCUAUCCUCUACUACCUGGGCGUCAUGCAGGUGAUCAUCAAAUACCUGGGCAUGUUUCUGUGCUUCUGCCUGGGCACCUCCCCCACCGAGUCGGUCAAUGCAGCAGCCAACAUUUUUCUUGGACAGACCGAGGCCCCAUUGAUGAUCCGCCCAUUUCUGUCGGAGAUGACAAAGUCGGAGAUGCACGCUGUCAUGACGGGCGGGUUCGCCACCAUUGCUGGAGCUGUCAUGGCAGCAUACAUAGUGUACGGGGUGCCCGCCAACCAUCUGCUGUCUGCCUCUGUGAUGUCGGCUCCUGCUGCCCUGGCAGUGUCCAAGCUGUUCUACCCGGAAACAGAGACGAGCAAACACAAAGCCAGGGAUGUCUAUAACAUUGCUAAAGGGACUGAGCGAAAUCUGAUCGAGGCUGCCUCCAAUGGCGCGUCCAUGUCUAUCAAGCUAGUGGCCAACAUUGCAGUCAAUCUGAUUGCCUUCGUGGCCCUGCUACAGUUUGUCAAUGCCACUUUGGUCUGGCUGGGCGACCGCGUCGGAUACGACGGACUCACGUUUCAGCUUAUUUGUUCCUACAUCUUCUGGCCCCUGGCUUUCCUCAUGGGAGCAGACCAGGACGACUGCCGGGUGAUCGCACAACUAAUUGGAACAAAGACUUUUUUGAAUGAGUUUGUGGCCAGGUCCGUGGUGAUUGCCACCUAUGCCUUGUGUGGUUUCUCCAACCUGUCUUCCAUGGGUAUCCAGCUGGGCGCUCUAGGAGCCAUGGCGCCACACCGGAAAAGUGACAUGUCCAAAAUCGUAUUCCGAGCCAUGUUGGCUGGAAAUGUGGCCUGUUUUGUGACAGCAUGUAUAGCAG